AUGUCCCACGAGAAGAGCUUCCUGGUGGGGGGGGAGGGGAUGCCGGGCGCGCCGCCCCCCCCCUCCUUCCCGCAGCCCCCGUUCCCCGCGGGGCCGUUCCCGCCGCCGCCCUUCCCGCAGGCCCCGGGGCCCUUCCCCGCUCCGGCGGCUCCGUACCCGGUCCCGGGGCCCUUCCCGCCCGGGCCGUACCCGCCGCCGGGGCCGUACCCGCAGGGUCCCUACGCGCAGCCGCCCUACGCGCAGCCGCAGCCCAUGGUGCCCGGGGACCAGGACUCCCCCCUGCACAGCACCUACCACGAGGACGGGCCCCCCUCGUACUAUGACAACCAGGACUUCCCCUCGGCGCACUGGGACGACAAGAGCGUGCGCCAGGCCUUCAUCCGCAAGGUGUUCCUGGUGCUCACGGUGCAGCUGAGCGUCACCUUCGCCUUCGUGGCCGCCUUCACCUUCUUCAAAGGGGUGAAGGGCUUCGUGCAGCGCAACGUGUGGACCUACUACGUGUCCUACGCCGUGUUCUUCAUCUCGCUCAUCGUGCUGAGCUGCUGCGGGGACUUCCGCCGCAAGCACCCCUGGAACCUGGUGGCCCUGUCCAUCCUGACCCUCAGCCUGUCCUACAUGGUGGGCAUGAUCGCCAGCUUCUACAACACGGAUGCUGUCAUCAUGGCCGUGGGCAUCACCGUCGUCGUCUGCUUCACCGUCGUCAUCUUCUCCCUGCAGACCAAGUACGACUUCACCUCGUGCCGGGGUGUCCUCAUCAUCUGCCUGGUGGUGCUGAUCCUCUUCUCCAUCCUCCUCAUCUUCAUCCGGAACCGCAUCAUGGACAUCAUCUACGCCUCGCUGGGCGCCCUGCUCUUCACCUGCUUCCUGGCUGUGGACACGCAGCUCAUCCUGGGGAACAAGCAGCUGGCGCUCAGCCCCGAGGAGUACGUGUUCGCCGCGCUCAACCUCUACACAGACAUCAUCAACAUCUUCCUCUACAUCCUCGCCAUCAUCGGCAGGGCCAAGGAGUAACGUGACUCCCCCCCCCAUGACCCCUCCUGGUCACACCCCCCCCCAUCACCGGUGUCAC